UUGAUGGCUGACGGCUUGUGAUUUUCAAAUUAAAAUUUAUUUUUGUAAAUGUAUUUUAAUUUACAUACAUUUUACUCGGCAUAUUUAUGAUAUUUGUUAAUAUUUUUAUCCUCCAUACAUUAGAUUAUAUGUAAUUCAUAACAAUCAAUUAUAUAUAGGAAAAAGUGUAAAUAAUAAUAAAAAAGUAGCUCAUAUUUUAUGGUUGUUGCUGUAAAAUGGAAGAUACAAGUUAUUCCAAUAUGGAUGACUACACGCGGAGCGGUAUUAGAAGUUAUGAUAUAAGUAUGUCUGAAACUUUAGCAGAUUUCACAAGACUACGUAUAUCGGCUUUAACAAACGCAGCUGAAAUAAGCCCUCAUAUUACAGAAGUUACUAUUGGUCCUAGAAGUCCUAAAACAAAGGAAAAAAUAAAGGUCGAUGCUAUAUCAGACAAUAACAAUCAUGAUUUCGUUGACUUGUUAGAAGAUAAAGUUGGGGAGGAGUUACGUUACACUUUGUUACUAAAAGAGUAUGAAGAAAAAUUACAAAAUAAUUCGGAAGACUUGUUUAAAGACUUAUUUAAAAAAAUGGUAGACACCUAUGCAGAUACUAUGCAACGGUGUUGGAAGAAUCAAAGUGAUGAGUUUAUGAUGAAUGAUUACGUUUCUAGUAAAUCUUUAGAAAUUAGAGCUAGAAAACUUCAAAUGGCAAAACAACUUCGAGAGAAUGAUAAUAUGACAGUGCUUGAAAAGGCUAGACUGGAUGAACAGAAUUGUCAAAUGAUCUACCAAAAGACUAUUGAAAAUAAGAAUAGAAUUUUAGAUGAACAAAAUAAAGCCAUUGCGGCUGUUACCGACAGUCGUACAAAAAUACAUAUGUGUUACAAUGAAAUAACAAAUCUUGUUCAAAGAGAGCCGCUAGCUAAAUUAAUAUAUGAAAAGUAUGUUCCCUCACUAAACACUGUAAUAGGAAAUAUUACUGCAGUCAUGGACUUCUGUAAAACUGGGACAAUUACUGAUGAAGAAGUAAAACAAUCUGAAGUAUUAUCAUGGAAUAUUGAAAGUAUAAAACAGAAAAUUAUAGAUGACAUAAAUUUAGUCAAGCAACAAGAGUUGUUAAAGAAACAAAAAGAAGAAGAAGAAAGUAGACAGAAAGAAAUUCAGGAAAUUAAAGAACAAGAGGCAAAAGCUGCAGAAACUGCCCGUCUUGAACAAGCACUUGUACAGCAAGCUAAAAGAGCACAAUCUAUGUUUUAUUCAGAAAAAAACUACUUAUAUUAUAAAGAAUUAAAAAGUUUUCUAGAUUGUUAUGAAAGUAGUUAUAAAGAUUUAUUAGAAAAUUCUAACUUAAAAAAGUUCAAAUUUGACUGCCAGAAAGCUGUGAACACUCCCAUUAAUGCAUUGUCCUCUGUUAGCGGUACACAUAUGAGAGACAAAUUUGAUAAAUUAGCAAAACUUCUCCGAGGUGAAAAAGUUCAGGUGUUGGACACAUUUGUUACUGCAUCACAGCAUCCUCAAGGCUUACACUAUUGCACAGCGUUAUUAGCUAAAAAAAUUGUAAGACAAGGAGAUCUCUUAGUUUCCAGCAACCCUGAAGCUGCCUUUCCUCUAGCGGCUGUGACUGUUGCAUUGUGGUCACAAUUUCCAGAAUUCGGUAAACUGCUUGAAGCAAAUUUCCAUAGACAAUGUCCAUAUUUAGUGCCAAUGAUGCUUCCACAGAAAGAAGGACAAACAGACAAAGAGUUUUAUAUGUCUAGAGGAUACACCUACAAUGAUGAAGGUGUUGUUGAAAAACAAGACAAGUUUUUGAAACGUAUGUCUGGAAUAUUUAGACUUCACUGUGCCAUAUGGAUAGCUAAAACACCUAAAUUCAUGAAUGUGUCAAAUCCUCAUAGUUUGCGAUAUGGGUGGCAGUGGCUUGCAUCCUUUAUUAACCUCAAACCAGAACCUGAUUUAAGUGCCACAUUGAUACAUGAUUUCUUUACUGUGUGUGGUUCAGAAUUCUUAGGACACUAUGGUAAACAGUGUAAAAAAAUAUUGAAGUUAUUAAGCACAGAAUACUUAUCUAUACUACAAAAUAUUGAUGAAGGUGGCCCUAAAACAAGGUUUGAAGUUUUUUUGCAAAGUGUUUUAAAGACUGGUCACAUCCCUCCACCAAAUGGAUUAUUGCCCCCAAACACAUGGUGAUUAAUUAAUUAAUAAUGAAUUAUAAUAAAUAAUUAAUUUAUAUGAACAAUUAUUAAACUGAU